CUUAAUCAGGAUCACAACAAUAAUGAAUGGAAACGCAGCGUAGCCAAGAAAAGUUGAGCAGCUUGAAAAACUUACUGUCGGCCAGUAAAGGACACUUUAUCUACCGCUUUGAGGAAGAAGUUGCUUUUUUGGAGUGAUGGAUUGGCCGGUUGAAUCUGAUAUUUCACUUUGGAAAAGAAAGCUGCUUUUUUGUGGGAAGUUUUGAAUUGUUUUUUUGUUUGGUUUUUAUCGCUAGCUUUAUUAACGGUAAAUGGCACUUAUUGGGACAGUGAUAGGAAACUACCGCGUUGUCAGUCGAGUUUUACUCGCGAAAAAAGUGGAUUAUGUGGAGAUAGCCGUAAAGAAAGCUGGAGAAUUUGGGGGAAAUAUUUAGCCUCACUGUGGAUUAUCACCAACAGAGAGAUAAAAAAAAGAAGGAAGAAAGCUGAGAAGUUUGGACGUUUCACGCUGACAGGAGGGUAAAAUGGGUAACGUGGAGAGUGUUGACGGCCAGUCGGAGAUGAAGCAUCACAUCAUGCCUCUGAAGGUGCCCAUGCCUGACCCCACCGAGCUGGAGGAGAAGUUUGCCAUUGUUUUGAAUUCCAUGAAUCUGCCUCCGGAUAAAGCUCGGCUCCUCAGGCAGUACGACAACGAAAAGAAGUGGGAUUUGAUCUGCGAUCAGGAGAGGUUUCAGGUGAAGAACCCCCCGCACACCUACAUCCAGAAGCUCAGAGGAUACUUAGACCCAGGAGUCACGCGGAAGAAAUUUCGGCGGCGUGUGCAGGAAUCCACAAAAGUCCUGAGGGAGCUGGAGAUAUCACUGCGGACCAACCACAUUGGGUGGGUCAGGGAGUUCCUCAAUGACGAGAACAGAGGUCUUGAUGUCCUGGUUGAGUACCUCUCCUUUGCCCAGUGUGCUGUCAUGUUGGAUUUUGAGGGGCUGGAAAAUGGGGAGGAUGGCUUCUUGGACAAAGCUAAAUCAUGGAGCAGGUCCAUAGAGGAUCUGCACCAUAUGGGCACCCAACCCUUCUGCAACACGCUGGUGCGCUCUGCCCGCCAGUCUGUCCUGCGCUACGGAUCCGUUUCAAACAGCAAAACCAUCAAGAACUCGAGGCUCGUGAGCCAAAAAGAUGAUGUGCAUGUGUGCAUCAUGUGCUUGAGAGCAAUCAUGAACUAUCAGUAUGGCUUCAAUAUGGUCAUGUCUCAUGCACAUGCUGUCAAUGAAAUCGCUCUCAGCCUGAACAAUAAGAACCCACGGACAAAGGCGUUGGUCCUCGAGCUCCUUGCUGCUGUCUGUCUUGUUCGAGGAGGUCAUGAAAUCAUCCUUUCAGCUUUUGAUAACUUCAAAGAGGUUUGUAAAGAGAAGCAUCGCUUCGAGAGACUGAUGGAUUACUUUCGUAGUGAGGAGGGAAACAUCGACUUCAUGGUUGCGUGCAUGCAGUUUAUUAACAUCGUGGUCCACUCGGUCGAAGACAUGAACUUCAGAGUCCAUUUGCAGUUUGAAUUCACCAAGCUGGGACUUGAUGAAUACCUAGAGAAAUCAAAGCACACGGAGAGCGACAAGCUGUCAGUGCAGAUCCAGGCCUACCUGGACAACGUGUUUGACGUGGGUGGCCUCCUGGAGGAUGCCGAGACGAAAAAUGCGGCUCUGGAGAAGGUGGAGGAGCUGGAGGAGCACCUGUCCCAUGUGACUGAGAAGCUGCUGGAAGUGGAGAAUGAAACGAUGAUGAAAGUCGCAGAUUUGGAGAAGCUUUUACUCCAGAAAGAUAAAGAUCUGCAAGCAAUACGGGAGACGUACGAGUCGACCAACACCCAGGUUAACACCCUGAGGAGGAUGAUCAAGGAGAAGGAUGCUGCGUUCCAGAGGCAGGUCAACAUCGAGCGGCGGCUGCUGGAGCUGGAACAGCAGGGCACCAUCCGUUUGCACAAGAAGCCCGAUGGCGACAUCUCUAUCGAGCCGCUGGGCGUCGGGGGUGGCGGGAUCGGGAUCACUUUGGGGAACGUUGGCCAGCUGAUGUUCGGUUCCACGGCUGGGCUGACAGAACCCGGAGGACCAGACACCAGCUUGCCACCCGCGAGUGAAGCUCCACCGCCUCCUCCACCGCCUCCACCACCUCCCCCUCCUCUGCCUUCUGCUUCAGCUGUUCCAGUUCCACCGCCUCCUCCUCCUCCACUUCCGCCUCCACUGCCAGAUGCUUCUCCCUCCGUCAUCAUGACCCUGGGUCUGUCAGCAAUCAGAAUCAAGAAGCCAAUCAAGACGAAGUUCCGUCUGCCCGUAUUUAACUGGACGGCCCUGAAGCCCAAUCAGAUCAACGGCACUGUCUUCAACGAGAUCGAUGAUGAGCGUGUGCUGGAGGAGCUGGAUCUGGAGAGGUUCGAGGAGUUGUUUAAGACGAGAGCCCAGGGCCCUGUUGUGGAUCUUUCUUGCACAAAGAGUAAAGUCUCUCAGAAGGCGGUAAACAAAGUCACUCUGCUUGACGCCAAUCGGUCUAAAAACCUGGCCAUCACGCUGCGGAAAGCCAACAAGACCACAGAGGAGAUCUGCAGAGCAAUUGAGAAGUUCGACCUCAAGGCUCUGCCUGUGGACUUUGUGGAGUGCCUGAUGCGCUUCCUGCCCACCGAGGCGGAGGUGAAGGUGCUCCGUCAGUACGAGCGCGAGCGUCGUCCGCUGGACCAGCUGGCCGAGGAGGACCGCUUCAUGUUGCUGUUCAGCAAGAUUGAGCGGCUCACCCAGAGGAUGAACAUCAUCACCUUUGUCGGGAACUUUGCGGACAGCAUCGGCAUGCUCACCCCGCAGCUCAACGCCAUCAUCGCUGCGUCUGGCUCGGUGAAGUCCUCGCCGAAGCUGAAGAGGAUGCUCGAGAUCAUCUUAGCUUUGGGAAACUACAUGAACAGCAGUAAACGUGGCAGUGUUUAUGGCUUUAAGUUACAAAGUCUUGAUCUGCUGCUGGACACAAAGUCCACGGACAGGAAAAUGACUCUGCUCCACUACAUCGCUCUUAUUGUGAAGGAGAAGUACCCAGAACUGGCCAACUUCUACAAUGAACUGCACUUUGUGGAUAAAGCUGCGGCGGUGUCUCUGGAAAACGUGCUGCUUGACGUCCGAGAGCUGGGCAAAGGCAUGGAGCUGAUCCGAAGGGAGUGCAGUCUCCAUGACCAUCCGGUGCUGAAAGGUUUCGUCCAGGCCAGCGAUCCGCAGCUGGACAAGCUGCAGCGGGACGCCAAGACGGCAGAGGAAGCCUUCAACAGUGUGGUGAGCUACUUCGGAGAGAGCGCCAAGACGACUCCGCCCUCGGUGUUCUUCCCCGUGUUUGUGCGCUUCAUCAAGGCCUACAAGGAUGCUGUGGAAGAAAACGAACUGAAGAAAAAACAAGAAGAAGCCAUGAGAGAAAAGUUACUGGCUCAGGAGGCAAAACAGCAUGACCCCAAGGUCCAGGCGCAAAAGAAGAGGCACCAGCAGCAGGAGCUGAUCGCAGAGCUGCGGAAGCGGCAAGCCAAAGACCAUCGACCGGUGUACGAGGGCAAAGACGGCACCAUCGAGGACAUCAUCACAGCUGAAAAGAAGAUUAAUGACAGUAUUUCCCACUCCUGAAUAGCGGAUCUCCGAAACCAGCCCUUCCUGCGAGUCGAUGCCUUGAUCCGGAGCGGUUGGAAGAGACCCUAAACCACUUACCUGCCACUUAUACCCCCCCUUCCCUUUAUAACACUUGUCCCUGUGUCCCAGUGGUCCCUCUCAACCCCUGAGAGGUUGCAAAUCACAAAAAAGGACUAAAAAGGGAGGAACGGGGCAGAGCUCUUGUUUUGGCUGAAUAAUUUAUUUAUUUAUGGAGGUCCUCCUUAGCAGCCACUUUCAGCAGGCAGGUAUCGUUAACCAAGCACAAUGAGGAUGCUUCUCCUCCAACCCUCCCUGCUGUGCCGGCGCUGAAGGUCAGACUAGUUCGGUCGGAAGGCGACUGCGGCAAAGGUGAGACUAGUCCUCCAGAACCCGUUUCCUUACUCGACUGCAGGAGUGAGACCGGGAGGCGGUCCCGAAAACGUCGCCAACCGGCUCAGUCUGCCUUAAAGACAUUUGCAGAACAAUCCUCCAUAAUCGGACUCUAGCGGACUAUUUAUUAGAGUUUUGCCAAGUCUUUCUCGUCGUGUUCAGUCGAGACCCGAUGUCGAGGAAUGUUUAUGUAGGUCGUACUCGAGAGGAAAACGUUUCCUGGUUCUUCUAGGUGAAGCUAGUCCAACCAAAAUGUCUCCAAUCAUAUCUUUAAGAAGUGCCUUUUGUGUAAACAGUGUUAUUGUUGUAUGUCGGCCAUAAUUUGUUACUUCAUUUGGUGAAGAUUGUACUUUUUUUUUUUUUCAGCCUUGUAAUACCCACAAUAUGUAAGCUGAAAAUCAGGCUUUAUGAACACCUAGAAAGUGAUUUCUAAUAUUUACCCUUCAAGUAAAAUAAUCUGACAUAAGUUAUACUUGGGGGGGUUUGGGUGAGGUUUAUCCAAGCAAAUGUAAAAAAAAAAAUUGAAUGUUACUUCAUGUAUCUUGACGACACUUCCUGUCACACUUUAGGUGGCAUUUUGAAAGUGACUUAUUUGCCAGGAGGUCUCCAGAUUUACACACACAAUGUGGAAGAUAUUGGCCAUAAGAUGCAUCUCAAUAAAUUAGAAUAUGAUCAAAAUCUAGUUUAUUUUAAUAUGUCAACGAAAAAUGUGAAACUCAUAGAUCGAUUGCACAUGGAACAUUAUAUUUCAGGUGUUUAUUUCUGUUUGGUUUGCCGAUUGUGGCUCGCAGCUAAAGAAAUCCAAAUGUAGUUUCUUGGAAAAUCAGAAUGUUUGACCAACAAAAAAAAAUAUUUUUAAUGUAGAAAUGUGUACAGUAUAUGAACUAGUAGCACGAGAUGGAGAGAAUCAGCCUGUGGCUCGGCUGUGGUGUUAAUGAACCGCAGUGUGCUUGAAUGCCGUCCUUCAGCUCGUCUGCAUGAUUGGAUCUGCCGUUUCGUCUUGGCCAUACUCUGCGGUUCUCUCGCAGUUUAGGGCAGGAGGGUUAGCAACGUGAGGUUUUUAAGCCCGGUAUCCUCUAAAAUACCCUGACAGAUGGCCACACGGACUUUGGACUUGGGCAGCAGACGACACAGCUCUUCGAAUCACCGCCACCUGUGAAAUCUUUACACCGGACCUCUCGUAACUCGGGGCUCUGGAGUCGUCUGUGUGUGGUUUCUCUUGAAGCGCCGGCCCAAACUCUACCAUGAGCUUUGAUUCCGAAUCUUCUAGAAACCAGUGACGAUCUCUGAUGCCUGUGGACCUGAUCUUCCGAUGGUUUUCCUUCCAUUCAACUUUUUGUUAUUUUGCUGGGAUACGGCAGUCUGUAUAUCGGAGACUCCUUCGGGUUAGCUGAUCAUCUAUAUCUGUAGCUAUACGUUUUCAUAUUCUAUCUAUAUAAAAACAAUUCUGUUGAUUCAGUUUAAUUCUUCAGAUUUUCCAAGAAACAGAAUAAACACGCGCAGAAAAAAAAUCUUGUGUUUUUGCUUGGAUUUAAAUUGAAUUCCUGAAAUCAAUUGGCGCUUUCGUGAUAUUCUGAUUUACUAAGAUGCAUCAGUACAUGUGUGUUUCUAAGCUUUUGUUUAAGUCAUGGCAAAUGGUUUGUUCUUACACUACAUACUUUGGCUUAAAAUAGUAUGAGACACUAUUCUUUACAAGAAAGGUUUUAUUAAUGUAAAUUAAAAAGAAAAAAAGUUGAUCAAGGAAUGUUCUUUGUAAAGAAGAAAAAAAUAUUUCUGGGAUCAUCAAGUGCCUGAAAGGUGACACUUUCUGUCUAAUAAAAAUGUUGAAUAAGAACCUUCAUCAGACUGCAGGGUCAUGGGGAAAAAAAGUUUUUGGCUUCCUUUCUUUGACGAAACAACAUUCAAACAAACAAUUUCUACAUCUUUGCGUUUUAUUUCUUAGGAUCAACUAAGAUACUCUUCCUCCAUUUCUCUCCAAAUGACAGACGGGGCCGUUGUACAUUUCUACUAGAAAAAUCCAUUUAAUUUCUUAUAUCAAAAAAAAAAAUAAAAUUAUAACAAAACAAAUCAGAUCCACAAACCCGUGGACUUUUUGCUACCAAAGAAAUCCUCCAACCAAGACAUGAUUGUUCUAAUUUACACGAGUCAUUUUGAACAGAACGUUGAAACUUAAAAAGGUGAUGAAUACUGUUAACAAGUGAAGGGUAAAGCCAGACGUUCCUCAGUGUGUGUGUGUGUGUGUGUGUUGAGUUUGAGCACCACACGGUGUGAUAUGGCAGGUAUGGCUGACGGUUUUAAAAAGCAGCACACUGAGACAAACAGAAGGUUAGCAGCAAAGCAAAACAAUAAAAAAAAAAAAAAACGCUCAUCAGGAACGAAUCAGUCUCACUAUGGAAUGGAUGCUCGCCGAGCAUUUAGCUAAGUUACAGUUAAACCUAAAAAAA